GGUUUUUUGAUUGAUUCGGGGCUUCUGGUCGGCUGUUAACCCACUGUUAACGAAUCCUUUGGUCCUUGGUGCUACAGCUGAACAAUGCUCUAACGCUGUAAUUAAAUCCUUCGUCACUCGAAACAUACUAUUCGUCUUGUCUUGAACACUUCGAACUUUACGAUAAAAGGGCUUUGUCCCGCCAGGUCUUGGGAUUUAGCAGCACUCUCAUCUUCAUUCCUCGCCUCAGUUCAACAUGAAGUUCUCUCUCCUUGCGACCAUCGUCGCCAGCAUCAGCCCGCUCGCUCGCGCAGCGGACGCAAACGCUUGGAAGUCGCGAAACAUCUAUUUCGCACUUACUGAUCGUGUUGCGCGAAGCGCUGACGAUAAUGGCGGUAGUGCAUGCGGAAACCUCGGAAAUUAUUGUGGUGGAACUUUCAAGGGUCUCGAGUCGAAGCUUGAUUAUAUCAAGGGCAUGGGAUUUGAUGCUAUCUGGAUUACUCCCGUUGUUGACAGUAAGUGUCGCGGAUACGAGGGAAUGACGGUGGCUGACUAGGGCGAUAGAUACUGAUGGAGGAUACCACGGAUACUGGGCCAAGGAUCUUUAUGCGGUCAACCCCAAGUAUGGUACUGCAGAUGACUUGAAGAGUCUUGUCAAGUCUGCUCAUGACAAGAAUAUGUACGUCAUGUGCGACGUGGUCGCAAACCACAUGGGCAAAGGAAUCUCAGACCACAAACCCUCGCCCCUCAACGAACAAAGCUCAUACCACACUCCCUGCGACAUCGACUACGGCAACCAGAACAGCAUUGAACAGUGCGAAAUCGCCGGUCUUCCAGAUCUCAACACCGGCAGCGACACUGUCAAGAAGGUCCUCUACGACUGGAUCAAAUGGCUCGUCUCUGAGUACAGCUUCGACGGUAUCCGCAUCGACACUGUCAAGCAUGUCGAAAAGCCCUUCUGGCCUGGUUUCCAAGACGCCGCUGGUGUCUACGCCAUCGGUGAGGUCUGGGACGGAGGUCCUGAUUAUCUCGCUGGUUAUGCCCAGGUCAUGCCUGGUCUUUUGAACUACGCUAUGUACUACCCCAUGAACCGCUUUUACCAGCAAAAGGGCGAUCCAUCAGAUGUUGUCGCCAUGCACGAUGAGAUUAGCAACAAGUUCCCUGAUCCCACUAUCCUCGGAACAUUCAUCGACAACCACGAUAACCCUCGUUGGCUCAGCCAGAAGAAUGACAAAGCUCUUCUGAAGAACGCCCUCGCAUACGUUAUCCUUGCUCGAGGUAUUCCCAUCGUCUACUACGGAACAGAACAAGGUUACGCAGGAGGCAAUGACCCCGCCAACCGCGAGGAUCUCUGGCGAAGCAGUUUCAGCACCAACGCAGAUCUCUACCAACACAUCUCGCGUCUCUCCAAGGCUCGCUCGGCAGUCGGUGGCCUCGGUGGAAAUGACCACAAGCAUCUUUACUCUCAGAACAGCGCCUACGCCUGGAGUCGUGCGGACGGCGAUCUUAUCGUGCUUACGUUGAACCGCGGCCAGGGAUACUCAGGACAGUACUGCUUCAACACUGGAAAGAACAACAAGACUUGGGACAAGGUAUUUGGAAGUGGCACUGUUACCUCCGAUGGCAAUGGACAGGUUUGCGUUAGCUACACUAACGGUGAGCCUGAGGUCUUGGUUGCCUCUAGCUAAAUGGCAUAAAAAUGGGGUUGGCUUAGUACUGGUUACGGUCUUUUUCCUCGACUCUUCUUCAUGACUUUCUUAUAUACUGAGCUCAGUUUCAAUUCUACUUUUUCCUCUUCCAACUGUACCUUGUUGGUGUGCACACUAUGUCAGCGCCAAGACGCGCUGCAUGAGAUAUCGUUACAAGGUGGCUGUAA